AUGAAGUCCCUAAUGAUUCUGGUCUUUGUGGGUUUAGCUGUUGCUUUUUCCUCUGUUGAUGAAGAUGAUGACAAGAUUGUUGGAGGUUACACUUGUGAGAAGAACUCUCUUCCCUACCAGGUGUCCUUAAAUGUGGGCUACCAUAUCUGUGGUGGCUCCCUCAUUAAUAAAGAAUGGGUACUGUCUGCUGCUCACUGUUACCACUACCAGCGCUUUCAAGUGAGACUGGGAGAGAACAACCUCCGAGUUACUGAAGGAAGUGAACAGCUUAUCCUUGCAGCGAAGGUCAUCCUGCAUCCAGGUUUCAACAGGGAGACCAACGACAAUGACAUCAUGCUGAUUAAGCUGAAAACACCUGCCAUUCUCAACAGAAAAGUUGCCCCCAUCUCCUUGCCUCGCUCCUGUGCCUCCACAGGCACAAGGUGUCUCCUCUCUGGUUGGGGCAACACCAAGAGCCACUAUGUUGACUAUCCCAAGUUGCUACAGUGUUUGCACGUUCCCCUUCUGUCUGAUGCUGAGUGCCAGGCCUCCUACCCUAGACAGAUCACAGAAAACAUGGUCUGUGCUGGUUUCCUAGGAGGAGGCAAAGAUUCCUGCCAGGGAGACUCAGGGGGCCCUCUGGUCUGUAAUGGAGAACUUCAGGGUAUUAUCUCCUGGGGCUUUGGCUGUGCUAUAAAGAACUACCCUGGAGUAUAUACCAAGGUAUGCAAUUAUGUGGAUUGGAUUGAGGAGAUGAUUGUUGCCAACAACUGAAGUCUCCAGAACCCUCCUCUUUCCACCUCCAACUGGGCUCUGACUUAACAUUGUGAAGUCAAUAAAAUAACAACCCUUUCAUUGCCUAUGUCUUUUCUUGAAGUUCCUUUACUCUCCAUAAGCUUCUUCAAAUCAGAUAGGUGGCAACACAACCUUGUCAGAGGGCAAGAAACUCCCUUAGAGAGACCAAAUUAUUUAUUACAAUACCUUCAAACCCAGAGCACAGUGUAAAGACCAGAUCACCUAAUAUGUAAUCAUCCACAUCAAAGACACAAGGGGUACCUGCUUCUUGGCCUACCUUUUGAUAAAAAAAAAAAAAAAAAGAAAUUUAUGAAAUAAAAUGAAAUAAAAUUUCAUUGGCCUACCAUAAAAAAAAAAAAAGUUUUCCAUUAGUUGCAUAGUCAAAAUGUUCUGAACCCCUAAAACUAUCUAACUGAAAAAAUGGCCUUUUUAAACUUCAUUUUAGAUGAUUUAGUCUUGUUCCAAACCUUUAUUAAAUAUUAAUUUCUUAAAUUCUGAAAGAUCUCCAAGUAGAGAGAUUUUAUUUCCUUGACAAUCCUAUUGAUAUUUCAAACUCAACAAAUCCAAAAUAUCCACCCUUCUUCCAAUGACUCUACUUCUAUCAAGAGCACCACCAUCCUUCCUGUCUCCCAGCUUCUUAAACUUAAUAUCAUUCUUAAUAUUUCCAUUCUUAUUCAUCCCAAGUAUAAAAUCAGUUGUCCUACUAUAUAGUUUCCUAUAGUCCUACUAUACCUCAUACAUGACACUAAAUCUCCUAACUCUGCUCUUUUGCAUUGACUGUAAUAUACGCCAUCCUCUAAGUCUUGGAAUUACAAAGGUUUUUUUUUUCCCCAAAAAAACCCCAUAUUAAACAAAUC